AUGUCAAACCAGGUCAAGGGAGUGAUAGCAGGCUCCAGGGGGGCGCCGGUUACCGUCGAGGAUAUUCUGGUCCCGGACCCGGGUCCGGGCGAGGUGCUCGUCAGAGUGCAGGCGUGCGGAGUCUGCCACACCGAUCUUCACUACCGCGAGGGCGCGAUUAACGACGAGUUCCCGUUCCUGCUGGGACAUGAGGCCGCCGGGACGGUCGAGAGCGUCGGCGACGGUGUGACCAACGUCGCGCGGGGCGACUUCGUCAUCAUCGCGUGGCGCGCGCCCUGCGGAAACUGUCGCUCCUGCCUCCGUGGGCGUCCCUGGUACUGCUUCGACAGCAUGAACGCUAAGCAGCAAAUGACCCUGGCUGACGGCAGUCCCCUCUCUCCGGCUCUGGGAAUUGGAGCGUUUACGGAACUAACGCUGGUCCACUCUGGACAGGCGGUCAAGAUAGAUCCAGCAGCGUCGGCUGCAGCAGCGGGCCUGAUCGGAUGCGGAGUGAUGGCCGGACUCGGCGCGGCGGUCAACACCGGCGGCGUAACUCGCGGCGACUCGGUGGCGGUAAUCGGAUGCGGCGGUGUGGGAGAUGCGGCCAUCGCAGGCUCCCGGCUAGCCGGAGCUCAUACCAUCAUCGCCGUCGAUAUCGAUGACCGUAAGUUGGAGUGGGCCAAGGGCUUCGGCGCCACUCACACGGUCAACUCCACCCAAACCGACGCGGUCGAGGCAAUUCGCGAGCUCACGGGUGGAAAUGGCGUGGAUGUAGCGAUCGAGGCCGUCGGCAACCCGGCCACAUAUGAACAGGCAUUCUUCGCUCGCGAUCUCGCUGGCACCGUCGUUCUGGUCGGAGUUCCCAGCCCGGACAUGAAGAUCGAGCUUCCGAUGCUCGAAGUGUUCGGAAGGGGCGGCGCUCUCAAGUCGUCCUGGUACGGCGACUGCCUACCGACAAGGGACUUCCCCAUGUUCAUAGAUCUGCACCUGCAGGGCCGUCUCGACCUUGAGGCCUUCGUAUCUGAGACGAUUGCUCUCGGCGAUGUUGAGGAGGCGUUCCACAAGAUGGAACGCGGCGAGGUGCUGCGGUCGGUUGUGAUUCUGUAA